UAACAGCAGGAGCUGGGAGAGCUCCAGUAGCAGGAGGCUGCUCUAGGGGUCCAUGCAAGGGAUGCUGGCGGCUCGCACCCGAGUGGUGGGAUGCGGACGGGAGAGGCAGGUGGACAGAUGAGACAGCUGAAACAGGAAAAGCAGGCACAAAGGCAAAUACCACACAAUGUAACAGAACAGGAGUUUGGAGCGGAAGGAACAAUCCGGAGUCAUUCUGGUCCAAUUCUGCAGAUGAGGAAACCACAUCCCAGGAGGCUGAGGCGGCAUGCCCCGCAUCUCAGAAGCCCAGCAGUCCCUGAGCCUUCUGACCUCACAUCCUCUGCCAUACCACAGUGGAGAAACCAGAACCGGAUGAGGAGCCAGAAUGCACAGAAGAAAAAAGAGGCUCUCUGCAUGUUCGGAAGUCUGAAUUGAGUGAAGUUGAAGAUGAUGUGUAUCUGAGGCAUAGCUCUUCCCUGACUUAUGGGUCUUGAACUGAUGUUGAGGUUCGGCUUGAAGCCCAGAGUUUUGGUGUAAAUGAGUAGGGACAAUUU